AUGAUAGGAGACGAUCCGAAUAAAGGUCAGGACGACCUUAUCACUUUACAUGAUCAGAUUGUAUCCAGAUGGCGCAUUAUUCUUGCUAAGGGACUAAAAAAGUCUGAAAGCUUAGCAUUAUUGGGCGACUAUAAUCCCCCAAAAAAUUUGCCUACUUUAACUCCACCGAAAUUAAAUCCAGAGGUUAGAGCCGCGUUGCCAAAACAAAAUAUUACAACAGAUUCUUCCAACAUUGAAGUACAAAACCAAUUAGGAAGAGGUCUUUCUGCCUUGGGAACAAGUCUCACUUUAUCUCUCAGUCAACUAAAUAGGUUGCCUGAAAAUAUCAGAACUGACCUUUUGAAAGGGUUAUCUGACGCAGGCAAAAUAUUUGCUAACUUAUUUCAUCGUGUGUCAGUAACGCGUAAAAAUUUAAUAAUUCCAUGUCUAAAAAAUAUGAAAGAUUUGGCGGAUUCUACCGAACCGUCCGAAUUCUUGUUCGGUGGCAACUUAAGUGAUAAGCUUAAUACCGUAAAAACUCUUGAGUGUGUUAACAAGGAGUUAAAAUUGCCAUCCACAUCUAAGCAACCCUCUAGCAGAGGGCAAAACAGGGGGAGCCAGUUAAAAGCUACAUCCGCCUCUCGGAAUUUAAACUCUUAUUACCCGACCAGUCGCCUGGGGGAGACAGGUCCUUACAAGGGUCAAACCUCCAGGAACUACCACAAGGAAACGUACAAGAAAAGCCAGUGGAACCGGCAGAAGGACAAGAUCCCGAAAAAAUAUUAG